CUCAGCGCUCCCCUCCCGCCCCGCCGGAGACACGAGGGACGGAGCGGCCGCCGGGGGCGGGCAGAGCAGGCGCGGCGGGCCCGGAACGCAAGUGCAGGGCUGCCGUUUCCAGGCCGGGCUGCAGCGCGGGGCCCGGUGCGGGGCAGCAUGGACGAGGAGGACACGAGAGAUUUCAAUGAACGCUGUGCCCAGUGCUCAGAGGUGAACUGGGGGCUCACUGAUGCAGGUGGAUUUUACUGCAGAACUUGUCACAAUGUCAUUGAGAGAACCAGAGAGGUUGUGAGUGCUGAUUUUGUUUCUAAAUCAAGAAUCCAGACCAUCUCCAAAGGCUCAAGGGAUAAGAAGGAGAAGGAUGGAGGCUUUGAGUGGUACAUCUGUGAAGGCUUUCAGCUCGUGCUCAAGAAACAGGCUGAGGCUCUGGCAGCUUUGGGAGUGAGUCCACAGAUGAAGGAUGAAGUCCUGGGCAGGUUUUGGAGGCACUACCUUCAGAAGAGCAAGCAGGCAUACUGCAUCAGGCCAGCUGCCAAUACUUCUACAGGCGGUGAGAGCAGCACGGAUGUGGACAGUGACACAGACACCUCCAGCCUGCUGCAUCUGCUGUCUGAGAGUGAGGAGGACCUGCAGUCGCAGUCUGAUGGCAGCUUUGCCUCGUCCAUCAGCAGGCUCUCAGGGAGCACCUCUGUCUACCGUGGCUCGGUGGAUGGCAGCAUCUAUCUGAAGGAGAGGUCAAAGGAGCAGCUGAGGAUGACGAUGCCCAUGACCCUUUCCUUCUGCUACAUGGCACUGCUGUGGCUGAGGGAGCCAAUCACCUUGUCUGACCUCCUGAGGUUUGUUGUUGAAGGCCACAUUCCAUACCUGAACGUUUUCCAGGACUUCCCAGAGAAGAUGAAGUUGUCUGGCCCUGAUCUGAGGAUCUUCUGUGUAGAGUCCUGGCCUGCCUACGAGGAGGUGCACAACAAAAUGCUGGAGCUUGCAGCCUUCCUGGACCUGCCUCGCUUCCCAGAGGUGACCCCCAGCUGCUUCCUGCACCCAGACAUCCUCUGCAUGAAGUACCUGAUGGAAGCCAACCUGCCUGAUGAGCUGCACGCUUGGACCUGCCUGCUGGUGCAGAAGCUAGGCUUGGGGGAAGCUGAUUUCCUGACCCUGCUGCCUGCAGAGAAGGCAACCAGCAAGGUGAGGCACGACCUGCUGGCAGCAGCACUCAUCGUGGUGGUGCUCAAGCUGCUUUUCCUGCUGGAUGACAACUACGAAUGGUUGCUUUCAGACUUUGCUGAAGAAAGAAAUAAAAACAACACAGAAGGAGAGCCAUGCUUUGAGCUGAAGAAGUGGUACCAGGUGGUCAGGAGCGCCCUGGAUGUGGAGCAGAAGAGACUGGAUGAAGAAAGAGCCAAGUGCCAGUGGAGGAGUGAGAAGCCUCUCUCCUACUCAGCCCGGCAGAAGCCCAAGGUGCUCCACAGGAGGGAGGUAGCUGUGAGCCUGCAGACUCAGUUUGGGAAGCUGGCUGGCAGGGUGCCACCAGCUGAGAGGCCCAAACCUGCCAGCUUCCAGUUCCAGUGGUCAGAGGACAGCCCAGCUGGGACCUGCUUCCACGGGCACAGCCUGCGGGCAGCUGUGGAUGGCUGCAGCCCUCCCCGUGCCCUCAACCCCCACUACUGGCUCUGCACAGCCAAGCUGUGCUCCCCCCGGCUGUGUGGCCGCCUGGCUCACUACCGAGGAGUGGACUUCCCCCAGAGCUACCACUUCGUGCUGAGGUUGUUCUCCUUCCUGCUACGGGUGGAGCCCUCCUGCAUCCACCAGGAGGUCUGCGUGCUGGAGCACAAACUCUUCCACAGGAAGCUCACCAGGACGCCAAGGGCCAGCAGGGGCCUGAGGAAGCAGAAAAAGACCUAAGAGGAGCAAGAUGAAAGCUGUGUGGGUGAGCAGUUUGGAUGCCAAAGCAUGGUGUGACAGCUCAGGCCCUGCCUGCCUGGACACUGCUGUGCAGAGAGCAGUGCUGAGCCCUGCAGCUGCAGUGCCAACCUCUGCAACUCGAGGCACUGCUGCCCAGCAGAGGCAGUGACCAGAGGAGCCACUUGCAGGGUUGAUUCCCUCACCUUGCAUCAGAGAAAGCCACCAAUGUAGCAUCUUGGAGACAGAACUGGACACGCUGUUGGUAAUUAAAGUAGCUUCUCUUUUGUAGCUGCUGCUGUGUGGCAGCAAAGACACUUCUG